UUAUUAUUCAUUUUGCAUCCUGAUCUUUUUCUUUCUGCUCUCAGUCACCGGGAAGAUAAAUGGUCAGAAGAUCACUCGGAAAAAUUCAAAAGGCAGGCGGAGAGACCUUUUCAAAGGGAAGAUUUUCUCUGCCCUCUGAAAUAUUACGAUUACUCAGCAUCCCGAGUGGUGUAUUCUUCUGCAGAAGGAAAGAACUUAUGGAACGUUCAGGCAAUCAAGUCAAUGUGUAGACUGGAUUUUGAAAGGAUCCAAUCUCACCCAGAGUUCUCGAAUAUUUGCCUUCGGAAAGUAUCGGAAUCAUGCUGCCCAAGCUGGAUUUUGGGCAACUACAUUGCUCUCUUAAAUAACAAAUCCUCCUGCCAUUACAUUACAGAUCGUGAUGCUUCGGAUACCUUAAAACUACUGCGAUCUUGUGCCAAAUUUUAUCACAAUGGAACCUUGCAUUCGGAGUGCUGGGAGAAGUCGAGCAGAAGGAAGGAACCGGCAAAAUGUCCAAAUGUGCCUCGGAAAUGUACAAAAUUCAAUGCUGUCUACCAGAUCCUUCACUACUUAGUGGAUAAGGAUUUCCUGAGUCCCGAGACUGCUGACUAUGUGAUGCCGACGUUAAAGUACAGUAUGCUACUUUCCCCGAUGUACGGGGGCUCGAAAGAUGAGAAGAUGAACAUCUACUUGGAUAAUUUUGAGAAAUGGAAUUACUCUGAUGGGAUCACGGCUGUCACCGGGAUAGACUUUGGAAUCAAAUUCAGAUUGUUUGAAUUGUACCUUAUAAAGGAUACCGUGUAUCCAGCCAUUGCAAUCCUCCUUGUUCUUCUCAUCAUUUGCGUUUACACAAAGUCCAUGUUUAUUACCUUCAUGACGAUGCUUGCCGUCAUCAGUUCUUUGAUUGUGUCAUAUUUUCUCUACCGCAUAAUCUUCGCUUUGGAGUUUUUUCCCUUCAUGAAUCUCACAACGUUCAUCAUUCUCGUCGGGAUAGGAGCGGACGAUGCCUUUGUCUUGUGUGACGUUUGGAACUAUGCAAAAGUGGACAAACCCAGUACUGAAAUUUCGCAGACGGUGAGCAUCACAUUGCAGCAUGCUGCUCUCUCGAUGUUUGUUACCAGCUUCACAACUGCAGCGGCUUUUUAUGCCAAUUUUGUUAACGAUAUUACUGCAAUCCGGUGCUUUGGUAUAUUUGCUGGAACUGCGAUUUUGGUGAAUUAUGUCUUAAUGAUUACCUGGUUGCCAGCUGUCGUGGUGCUGCAUGAACGCUACCUGCUGAACAUAUUCGACUGCUUCAAGAAACCUCAACAGCAGGCCUACGACACCAAAAGUUGUUGGAUUCUGCUGUGCCAAAAACUGAGCAAUUUGACCUACGCGAUCUCGGAAGCUUCCAGGAUAUUAUUUGAGAAAGUGUUGCCUUACAUAGUCAUUAAAUUCCGGUAUAUAUGGCUGUUUUGGUUCUUGGCCAUCACUGUGGGAGGAGCCUACGUUGUGUGUGUGAACCCAAAAAUGAAACUGCCCUCGCAAGAGAUUUCCGGUUUCCAGGUUUUACGAUCAUCCCACCCAUUUGAACGCUACAUUGCGGAGUACAAGAAGCUGUUUAUGUUUGAGCGGAUCCGCAGCUCUGACGAGCGCCACAUGUCCGUCAUGAUCAUUUGGGGCAUUAAGCCACUGGACAAUGGUGAUCCUCUUAAUCCUAACGAUAAGGGCAAUCUGACCGUGGACAAUGAAUUUAACAUUUCGAGUCCGGCCUCGCAAGCUUGGAUGUUAAAUUUUUGCAAAAAGAUUCGAAACCAGACGUUCAUCAUUCAGACCGACGAGCAGGACAUCACCAGCUGUUUCAUCGAGACCUUCAAACGGUGGAUGGAAAGCCGAGACUGCGACGAAGCAGCGGCGUACCCGUGUUGCAACCAGUUCACGUUCCCGUACAAAGCGGAGGAUUUUGAACUCUGUUUAAAGAGAGCCAUUAUGCAGCUCGACACUACGAGUUUCAGUCUCAACAGAGACACCCCUGGCCCGAGAUUUGACCUAAAUGAUACCAUCCGAGCAGUCAUCUUAAACUUCCAGAGCUCUUACUUUUUCUCCUACACGUAUGACAAAAUGGAUCAGUUCUUCAAAGAAGUGGACACUUGGGUCAAGGAGGAGUUGAAGACGGCCCCCGAGGGGUUGCGGAACGGUUGGUUUGUGUCAACUGACUUGCUGUUCUAUGACCUGCAGGGCAGCUUAUCACAUGGAACCAUGGUUGCAAUGGGGCUGUCUGUGACCGUUGCUUUUAUUGUAAUGCUUCUUACUACCUGGAAUAUCGUAAUAAGUCUUUAUGCUAUUAUCUCCAUUACCGGGACCAUUUUUGUCACCGUGGGCUCAUUAGUGCUUCUGGGCUGGGAGCUGAAUGUGUUGGAGUCGGUCACCAUCUCGGUUGCCGUAGGACUUUCGGUGGAUUUUGCUGUUCACUAUGGCGUGGCCUAUCGCCUUGCACCUUACCACGACAGAGAUCACAAAGUACGCUUCUCGAUAAGCCGAAUGGGAUCAGCAAUCGCCAUGGCUGCUCUGACGACCUUUGUGGCGGGUGCACUCAUGAUGCCUUCAAACGUCUUAGCUUACACCCAGUUGGGAACCUUCAUGAUGCUGAUCAUGUGCAUUAGCUGGGCCUUUGCCACGUUCUUCUUUCAGUGUAUGUGCAGGUGUAUCGGCCCACAAGGGAACUGCGGUCAGAUCCCUCUGCCAAAAGUAUUACAAUGCCAGGCUUUUUUGCACAAUUCUUCAACAGCGCAGUCUCCCAAGAGCCAAAGCAACUUGUGCACCUCUAGCAAAUGUCCUGUGGAUUCCAAACAUGGAGAAAUGGAACAUCAUGAGCAUUAUGAAAUGAAGCCUUUGUCGCCCCACGGCUGUAGUGCAGUCGAGAAGAUAAUGUGUGAAGAAACGCAGGUAAGCUCCAGGCUGCUGAAUAGCAGACAUCACCACAGAUGUGUCCAUUUACCUCCAAGUUCGUGUGAAUCCUAUGAAAGCUGCCCACACAUUAAGGAUGUCCAGACUUGCUCUGACCCAAGACCCAUAGGUCAGUAUUCUGUUAAUCAGACCUGCCGGUGCAUGGAGUCGUAUCACUGUGUAAGGAAACCGUGGAAUUCCCAUAAUUGUCAGCAGUUAGGAGACGGCAUCAAUUCCCUGCCAAAACCCCUGAAUGCCGAUGGUCCAGUGUCAACGCUGGAUGCCCUGCACCCGUCGGUGGACUGCUGCCUGCGCCACAUUCAGCACUUCCACUGCAGUCUUCCUCCAUGUUUCCAAGACAAAAUGGCAAGGCAUGCUGUUCCAAAAAAUAUCUUGCCCAAUUAUUGUGUGCAUUCGGUACAUCAGCUGGCACACAAAAUGGAAAGAUUCUGCACACAUGAACCUCCAAGUUUACAGGGUACUGAGGACGGUAGGAUCCACUUGGACUUUGGUGCAGCGAUCACCAUGAUAAAGCCAAGUCAUGGCCUUUCAACCUCUCAGAACAGUGUGGGUCAAGAUGUUGGCAGAACUGGAGAGGAUAAAAGUUCCCAGAACCAAAAACUAAAUGACAGUGAGCCAUUCCUCACAGACCAUGGCACCGGCAGGACAGUGGGGCAAAACUUAUCAAAGCAGUGCACGGAACCAAGAAGUGUCACUCACGAGGAUGUUCACACUCCACAUGUCACCCCUCCAGGAACGACGACUUUGUCCUGCUCAGAAACGUCGCAGAGUUUUAGUAGAACUUUAAAAGUCAAGUGCAAUUCUCAGAUGCCAAAUUCUGAUGCCAGUGUGCCUGCUGUAUUACAAUCUACUACUGAAAGUUUAUGUUAAUAAAAUCUCCUUCAUAUAAAGUGUCCCUUUUCAAUUAAUGCUUGAUAAAUUCAGUGACCAAGGUGAUGCCACUACUUUCCUGUUUUAUCAACAUUUAUUGAAGGAAAGCGGAUCUCCACAGAUUGGAAACCUAAAGGUGGUCAGGCCAGUGUACUUGUCAAACAUGAAUUCCAAAGGUGAUACUCCGUCAGCUGCACUUCAUUUUAAAGCUGGGCAAAACUCUCAAGUAUUUGAAAGUUGUUAUGGGGAUUAUCAGGUGGUUUUAGGUUUAUGCAAAUUGCGUUUCACCCUUUACCAUAGGGUAUGAAAUUUACCUAAGAUAAUGAGAUUGUUAUCGAGAAUAAAGGCAAUUACUGCAUCGGGCAGAUGGUAACGUGAGAAAAGCAUUCCAAAAGUCAUUGUAUAUUUCCAGAUGACGUGUCCUAUACUCGUUAACGAUUUUUGCAUCUUUUAUCUUGGAGAGUCGUGCUGCACUUGAGAAUCCAAACCACCGUACUGAGAUACAGCACUUGAUUUGCUCCUGUGCAGCCACGGGAUGAUCUUCCAGUCACGUCCCUCUUCCCUCCAGG